GGGGCCCGAGGCUUGGAGAGGGUCGUGGGGGCCCGCACCCCCGGACCCCACCGGAACGGGCCGGACCGGGCAGGACCGGACGGCGGAGCCCGAGAUGGAGCGGCCGCCUGCGUAAGAGCAACCAUCCCCGUACCCCGAGGGUGGACACUGACCUUCAGAAGCCAGGAGACCCGGCCUGGAUAACGGUGGCACCAUGGAUGAGGAAGAAGCACUGAACUCAAUCAUGAAGGACCUGGCAGCCUUGGGCAAGUGCGGUGGUCUCCUGGACAGUGGUCGCAACAAACACCACUUCCCUGCCCUCAAGCAAAGAAGCGCCCGGAUCAAGUUCGAAUUCGAAGCUGAAAAGAGGAUCAUCCAGUUCCCAAGACCCAUCAAGUUUCGGGAGCUGUGGCAAAAAGCACAGGAUGCCUUCGGGCGGGCCGUGGACCUGCACUAUCUCAGCAACGAGGUCCUGCUCCCACUGGCCUGCCAAGAGGACCUAGACCGAGCCCUGCAGGUUCUGGACCUGAACCCAAUCACCAGGAGCCUCCGUGUGCUGGUGACAGUGCCCACGGCCAAUCUCCUGCAGCCUAACAGGCAGCCGGACCUACGCCUGUCCAAGUCUACAGGGGACAUCCUGGGGUGCCUAGACCCCAGUGUGCAGAGGGUGCGAAAGUCCUCCACAGGCUCCCUGCACUCGGGGCGCAGCUCCCCACCACCGGGCAGCGUGCCAGAGGAGCAGCAGCAGAUUGCCCGCCAGGGCUCCUACACCAGCCUGCAUAGCGAGGGCGAGUUCAUCCCGGAGGCCGUGGACCCCAGUCUGAUGGAGCCAUAUCUCAGCACUGACAACUCUGUGUCCGGCAGCUGCUCCUCACUGGACAUGACCACAGACAGCCCGACCUUUUCCCAAACCAUCGUUACGCGGAGGAGCCGGCACACAGACAGCCCCGAGACCUUGGACUAUGAUUCAGCAUUCUGUGACCAGUUUGGGAGAGGGGGGACAUUUCCCCGCCAGUUUCACCUUUCCCAGAGCCGGAGGGACGACAAUGAUGGCCGUCGUACCUUCCCUCGGAGCUGCGCCCCCCAUGGACGUCGCCGCUUCCAGCUGCUCCCUUCCAGCCGCACGGACAGCUACACUGGGGACGGCCAGCGAGGCGGGCUGGAACUGCACAAGUGCCGGACUCCACGCUGGCGUCACUGGGACACUGGCCAGUGUCUCUUUCCUGGGGCCCGGCCCCAGCCCCGAGCUGUGGAUCCGGCCCCGGUGAACUGGCGCCUUGGGAGGCUGCUGGGCCGGGGCGCAUUCGGUGAGGUCUACCUGUGCUAUGACGCCGACACUGGCCGUGAGCUCGCCGUCAAGCAGGUGCCUUUUGACCCUGACAGCCAGGAGACCAGCAAGGAGGUGGCCGCCCUGGACUGUGAGAUCCAAGUGCUGAUGGCCCUGCGCCAUGACCGCAUCGUCCAGUACCAUGGCUGCCUGCGGGACCCCGAGACUCGGACGCUGUCCAUCUUUGUGGAGUACAUGGCCGGGGGUUCUGUAAAGGACCAACUGAAGACGUAUGGGGCGCUGACCGAGAACGUGACACGCAAGUACACACGGCAGAUUCUGCAAGGGGUCAGUUACCUCCACAGCAAGAUGAUUGUACACCGGGACAUAAAAGGGGCCAAUGUCCUGCGAGACUCGGCGGGAAAUGUCAAGCUUGGUGACUUCGGGGCUAGCAAACGCAUCCAGACCAUCUGCAGGUCUGGCACAGCCAUGAAGUCCGUCACGGGGACACCCUACUGGAUGAGCCCCGAAGUCAUCAGCGGGGAGGGCUAUGGCCGAAGGGCGGACGUAUGGAGCGUGGGCUGCACGGUGGUGGAGAUGCUGACAGAGAAGCCUCCCUGGGCUGAGUUCGAGGCCAUGGCUGCCAUUUUCAAGAUUGCCACGCAGCCCACUGAGCCGCAGCUCCCUCCUGGGGCUUCUGCCCACUGCCGGGACCUACUAAGGCGCAUCUUUGUGGAGGAGAAGCGCCGGCCCACGGCUGAGGCACUGCUGGCUCAUCCCUUCGUGAGUGGGGGGCUUUAGGUGCCCGGGCCCAGGGACACCCCAUCCCCGAACCCCAUAAGAUGGGCUCUUUAGCACGGCCACUCUGGAUCAGAGAGGGGCACUGGACAGUCUGCCUGAGCCCAGGCGUUCUCAGAGUGAGGGAGAAGGCCGGGGGGCCAGGAGGAGCCCGAUUCCCGAGGAUCUCCACUGAGACCACACAAGGAGACCAUACAGUCCCAGAUCAGCUGGGAGUGGGUGCUUGGGGGAUGGGGCUGAGAUUCUGGGAACAGGGUGCCGACGUGGAAUGGGUGGGGUUGCCUGUAGGGUCUGGGGGGUCUGCUUGCCUCUGUGGGACUCAGCGCUCCCCUCCCAGUGGGAGGCCCCUCUCUCUUGGUUCUUUUUCCUUGGGGCUAGGGGUUGACCCUUCCAGACUCCUGGAAUGAUAGAAAUGGACCCCAUAGAUGGAGGGGAGCCAGGAGCUGACGGGAGCACAGUGCUGGGCCAUGAGGAUACAGCGUGGGGCCAUGUGGAUGGCUGUGGCCAUGGCCCCUUUACGAACCUCAGCGGGAAGGUUGGAGAGGCAGCCUUCCUGCAGAACUCUCGGGACUGUAAAUAACGGACCAUGGGCUGGCUAAGCCCAGAGGCCGUGGCCACGGGGUCCGGCUUCCUUGUGUGUAAAAUAAACAGAUCCUUUUGUAACGAG